AUGCUAGCAACCACAUGCUUGUCUCUACGCAUCAUCCCUCCGUACCGCUCCAUAUCACCCGUCGACUCGGCCAUGCACACCAGAUCCUGGUCCAUCCACUCCUCGCUCCACGCUUCCCGCGGCCUCACUUGGAUGCACCUCUCCCACUUCAACCCCAACUCCCUCCCCGCCUUCCAACGGGACGCUUUCGACCUCGCCGUCUCCCACGGCGUCCACCCCGUCGGCAUCCACAUCCCCUCCACCUCCCGCUCAUCGUUCUUCGGUCUCCGAACACCCACCGUUCGAGGUUCUCCGGUUCGUUAUUUCUUCAGCAUCGUACCACCGAGCUCCGAAUUAGGUGGAAGGAUGAGACUACGGGAAGACGUGGGACACAAGACGGCGGUGGUACUGUGGAGACAGGCGGAGGGAGAAAAGGCAGAUCUGGUCCAUGUGGACGUGCUAAAGGACGAAGGGUUUGAGUGGCGCGAUCACUUGUAUGAUCUGGGAGCAGUCUUGAGGAGGACAUGA